CUCCGCACCUCGCGGCGGCUCCGCACGUCGCGGCAUGUCGUGCGCCGUCCCGGCGGCGGCGGCGGCGGCGGGCAGCGUCCUGCAGCGCAGCGCCUCGGCCGAGGGCGCCCAGCAGAGUCACGAAGAAGACGACAGGAAGGUAAGGAGGAGAGAAAAAAACCGAGUCGCUGCCCAGAGGAGCCGGAAGAAGCAAACUCAGAAGGCGGAUAAACUUCAUGAGGAAUAUGAAUCUCUUGAGCAAGAAAAUACCUCUCUGAAGAGAGAAAUUGGAAAGCUAACAGAUGAAAUGAAACACUUGAGUGAAGUCUUGAAGGAUCAUGAGAAGAUCUGUCCACUAUUGCACUGCUCCAUGAACUUUGUGACCGUACCAAGGCCUGAUGCACUCACCAGCUGCCUGCCAAGAUGAGAGCUCUCCUUUAUCACCUUGCAGCGAGGGCAAAGGCACCAAUUAACAGGGGAGAUUUGAAGAACUGCCUACUUACAGUGCAGGUCUUCCCUCAAAGAGGACUGGACUUGACCAUACAGGUCUUCUCCAUGUCGAAAUGCUAUAGUCUUCUGAAUCUCAGGAAAACACCAGUAUGGAAAAAAGCUUGAACUGUGACUUCUUCUUUGGCAGAAUCUACGAGCCAUGGUUUUGCGUUCAGCAAUGUCGAAGUAGGCUGCAGCCCACCAUCGCGGCGCGGAAUGCAGGCACAGAAGAGCACCGGCCGCGGGCAGGGAUGCCUUUCUCCCACACAUCCACCGCUAGUAACCCUUUGUCAGUUGUCAUCCUUAGAGAUCAUAUUCUGGCUGCUGAUUUUCUCUAAACAGGUUUGGUUAAUAAAAGCAAUGGCCUAUCUUUAUGAUGUUCUCCACCUUAUUCGAUAUAUAAUGUCUUUUGAACAUCUCUGCUUUUACUUACUGGUCAAAUCCAAAGUCUAAUGCUAA